AUGCAUUGGACAUGCAAGUUAAUUUCAGAUGGUCAGCUUCGCAGCUUGCUAAGGGCAUCUCAAUUGGUGGAAUUUAUGAUGAUAGUGGACAGUCGUGUGGAGGGGGAUGAGAUGCCUCCUGCAGUGAACAUGGAUUGCGAGGGCAUUCCUAAUGAAGUGCCAGUUGUUAAGAAGAAGAUGGAAUUUGAGGGAUUUGAAUGGGUAGAAGUACCACAAUAUGGAGAAACCAUAGCAGAGCCACCAAUGCCUGAAGAGGAGGAGAAGGAGCACUUCAUGACUGUUGGGUGUGACCCUGAUGGGGAUGAGCCAACCGGAGUAGAUGAAAAGUGGAGAUACUUCAAACCAGUUGAUGUUGCCGUUAAUGAUACACAGCCAACAGAAAAAUAUUAA